AUGGCUCAAUUAAAUAAUAUUGUUAACUCUCAAUACGCGAAAGAGGCAUCGAACUAUAUUAAAAUUUCAAAUGAAUUGCGUAGCGUUGGUGCCCAUUUCGAAGUUGAUCUUCCCACAAUCGUUUUUUGUGGAAAUCAAUCUGCAGGCAAAAGUAGCUUGCUGGAGGCGAUUUCAGGCGUUAAGUUACCUAAAUCUGAUGGAACUUGUACUCGUUGCGUGAUGGAACUCAGACUAAACGAAUCUUCCGAAGCAUGGUCAUGUCAAGUUUCUCUCCGUAAAGAAUAUGAUAAAGAUGAAAAACGCCUUCCUAAUCCAAUUGAAACUAAAUUUGGUAGCCCGAUCAACGAUCCAGAUAAAGUGGAACUAAUGGCACGUCGUGCUCAAAAAGCGUUAUUAAAUCCUACAACAGAAAGCAAUGAAUAUAUUGAUUGGGAUUUCAAUGAUGAUGAUUCUCAAUUAAACGGUCUUAAGUUCACGAAAAAUAUUGUCUGUAUUGAAAUUAAAGGCACUGAUGUGCCAAACUUGAGUUUAAUUGAUCUGCCUGGAAUUAUUCGACAUACUGAGAAAGCCGAAGAUAGAAAGUUUAUUCUAUUGAUUGAAGAACUUGUGAAGGAAUAUAUUAAAAAUGAAAAAUCUAUUAUAAUUGCAACGAUCUCAUGCAAGGAUGAAAUAGACAACCAAGCAAUCGUUACUCUUGCAAAAGAAGCUGAUCCUUCGGGAGUUCGAACCCUGGGUGUUCUUACAAAACCUGACAUGAUUGAAAAUGGAACACAUAAUAUCUGGCUAAAGAUUAUGGGAGGUGAAGCUCACCAACUUGAACUCGGGUAUUAUGUUGUAAAGAAUCCAACUAAAGUACAACGUGCGGAAAAUAUUACAUUCGAAGAAGCUAGAUUAAAUGAGAAUGAGUUUUUUGAACAAGAACCAUGGAAAAGUUUUUAUCUUCGAGAAAGGACAGGGGUUAAAAACUUGCAAAAUAAAUUAUCUGAAUUGUUAAUUAAAUCUAUUAAAAGGGGUCUUCCAGACAUUCGGAAAGAUGUUGAAGAAAAGUUAGAUAAGGCAUGUCAAGAUUUAGGAAAGCUUCCAAUUCAACUCUCAGAUAACCCAAGAAUUGAAUUAUUUCGCAUGAUACAAAAUUGCUCAAAGAUUAUCAAUGAAAAAACUACUUGCUCAAAUGAUCAAACUGAAUUCUGGAAUUCACUCAAUAAUCAAUUUGCACAAUUCAAAAAAGAAUUUUAUGCUUUACAUCCAAUUUUCUUAAUUGGUUGCAAUGUCAACGGUUAUAAGCAAAAAACUUCGGACGCGAAGUUUGAUAUGCUUGAAGAUUUUAUCGAAGACUGUAAAAGUAAUACAAGUACAGAUAAAUUGAAACAAAUAACGGAAGCCCAAGUCACUGAAACAAUUAGGAAUGCUCGUGGAAGAUUACUCCCUGGCUCAAUUCCUUAUUCAGCUGCACAGACUAUGAUUCAAGAAAUUCAGGUAAAAUGGGAAAAACCUGUUAUAAAUUGUUUAAAUGCUGUUUAUGAGAUUAUGAUAAAAUCAGUGAAUGAGGUUAUGGAAAAUAUUUUCUCAAGAUUUCCUGGUUUAGUUGGACGCAUGGAAUAUAAGGCACGAACUUGGUUAGAAGAAUGUAAAAAACAAUCAACUGAUCAUAUCAAUUUUAUGUGUAAAAUGGAGCGAACAACUUAUCCAUUUACACUUGAUAAGCAAAUGAUGACAGACUUAAAAACGAAAUAUUUAAACUCUCUUCAUGAAGCAGUAAAGAAUGAUGAUCGAGAUCCAACUGACACUUUAGAAGUCGUGGCGUUAGUUAUGGCAUACUUAAAAAUUGCAAUUAAACGUUACACUGACGUUGUUUCUAUGACGAUAAUUCACACUUUUAUUGAUGAGUUUAGUGAACGCUUUCAAGAAAAAUUAAUGGAAAUCGUUAUUAAUGAUAAAGAUGUAUCAAUUGAUGAGUUAAUUAAGGAAGAUGAUAAUACCAAGUAUCAAAGAGAGAAAUUGUUAAAUCGUGAAAAACUUUUAAGAGAGGCGCUGGAUAAGCUUGUUAAUUUCGGUGUCUAUUAUAAGUAA